GCCUCGGCUCUCGUCUCCAGCUGCCGGGAGCGGUGCAGAAAGCGGCGGCUCUUCCUUCCUUCCUCGCGUGUUAUGGCUGUGAGCGGCGCCGCGCUGUGAGCGCCGGGGUAUGGAUAUGUCGGACCCCAACUACUGGACGGUCCUCUCCAACUUCACGCUGCCCCACCUGAGGAGCGGCACCCGCCUGCGCCGGACCCAGAGCUGUAGAACAAGCAAUCGAAAGAGUUUGAUGGGCAAUGGCCAGUCUCCAGCUCUGCCUCGACCUCAUUCACCUCUCUCAGCACACACAGGAAACAGUCCUCAAGACAGUCCUAGGAAUUUCUCUCCCAGUGCCUCAGCCCACUUCUCUUUUGCAAGAAGGACUGAUGGUCGUCGCUGGUCUUUGGCUUCCCUCCCUUCUUCUGGCUAUGGUACAAAUACACCCAGCUCAACUGUUUCUUCAUCUUGUUCAUCACAAGAGAAACUACACCAGUUACCUUACCAACCAACACCUGAUGAACUACAUUUUUUAUCUAAACAUUUCUGUACCACUGAAAGCAUUGCAAGUGAUAACAGAUGCAGGACCACAGCAAUGCGCCCUCGCUCCAGAAGUCUCAGUCCUGGACGUUCUCCUGCCUGCUGUGACAAUGAGAUCAUUAUGAUGAACCAUGUCUACAAAGAAAGGUUCCCAAAGGCCACAGCCCAGAUGGAAGAGAGGCUUCAGGACGUUAUAACAAAUCAUUCUCCAGAAAACGUCCUUCCGCUGGCAGAUGGUGUACUCAGUUUUACCCACCAUCAGAUCACAGAACUGGCUCGAGAUUGUUUGGAUAAAUCCCACCAGGGCCUCAUCACGUCUCGAUACUUCCUUGAAUUACAGCAGAAAUUAGAUAAAUUGCUACAGGAGGCUCAGGAGCGAUCAGAGAGUGAAGAACUGGCAUAUAUUAAGCAACUAGUCAGAAAAAUCCUCAUAGUUAUUGCUCGCCCUGCUCGUUUACUGGAAUGCCUGGAAUUUGAUCCAGAAGAGUUUUACUAUCUUUUGGAAGCAGCUGAAGGCCAUGCUAAAGAAGGACAAGGCAUUAAAACCGACAUUCCCCGCUACAUUAUUAGUCAGCUGGGCUUAAAUAAAGAUCCUUUAGAAGAAAUAGCUCAGCUAGCUAACUGUGACAGUGGGACAGCAGAAUCUCUGGAAAUGGAUGAAUCAGUAACUAGCUCUAAUACCUCACUACAGCUCCGGAGAAAACCUCGAGAAAGUGAUUUUGAAACAAUCAAACUGAUUAGUAAUGGAGCUUAUGGUGCGGUUUAUUUGGUGAGACAUAAAGAAACCAGACAAAGAUUUGCCAUGAAGAAGAUAAAUAAGCAGAAUCUCAUCCUUCGAAACCAGAUCCAACAGGCCUUCGUCGAGCGUGAUAUCCUGACGUUUGCAGAAAACCCCUUUGUUGUCAGCAUGUAUUGUUCUUUUGAAACAAGACGUCAUUUAUGUAUGGUCAUGGAAUACGUAGAAGGUGGAGACUGUGCUACUUUGAUGAAAAAUAUGGGCCCCUUACCUGUGGACAUGGCAAGGAUGUAUUUUGCAGAGACUGUUCUGGCCUUGGAAUACCUUCAUAAUUAUGGAAUUGUACACAGGGAUUUGAAGCCAGAUAAUUUAUUGGUAACAUCCAUGGGCCAUAUAAAGCUUACAGACUUCGGUCUAUCAAAGGUGGGGCUAAUGAGUUUGACUACCAAUCUGUAUGAGGGUCACAUUGAGAAGGAUGCCAGAGAAUUCCUUGAUAAACAAGUUUGUGGUACACCUGAAUACAUAGCUCCUGAAGUAAUACUGAGACAAGGUUAUGGAAAACCAGUGGACUGGUGGGCUAUGGGUAUUAUUCUUUAUGAAUUUCUUGUUGGGUGUGUGCCAUUCUUUGGAGAUACACCAGAAGAGCUGUUUGGACAAGUAAUCAGUGAUGAAAUCAUCUGGCCUGAAAAGGAUGAAGCACCACCUCCGGAUGCUCAGGAUCUCAUUACCCUGCUGCUCAGGCAGAAUCCCUUGGAAAGACUGGGAACAGGUGGUGCAUAUGAAGUAAAGCAACAUCAGUUCUUCAGGAGCCUUGACUGGAACGGUCUGCUCAGACAAAAAGCAGAGUUUAUUCCACAGUUGGAGUCUGAAGAUGACACAAGUUAUUUUGACACUCGUUCUGAGAAAUACCACCACAUGGAAACUGAGGAAGAAGAUGAUACAAAUGAUGAGGAUUUCAAUUUGGAGAUAAGACAGUUUUCCUCAUGUUCACACAGAUUUUCAAAAGUGUUUAGUAGCAUAGACCGAGUUUCUCAAACACAAGGUGAUGAAAAGGAGGAUGCAGGAGAUAAAACAAAAAGUGUCACAUUGCCUUCGGUGGAAUCUUUAAGCUGGAGUUCAGAAUAUUCUGAAAUACAACAAGUAUCUACAUCCAUCUCCUCUGACACCGAGAGUAGCAGGCAACGACAUAGUUCUGGUUUGUUGCCAAAACUGGCCAUAUCUGCCGAAGGAGAACAAGAUGAUUCUACCUGCUUAGCGGGAGCACAGGAAGAGCAGGAAAAGCCUGCAUUAGUGAGUGAAGAAAUAGUGCCAGACGAGCCUGAAGUAACAACUCCAGCAAGUACAAUAAGCAGCUCCACACUGUCAGUUGGCAGUUUUUCGGAGCACUUAGAUCAGAUGAACGGACGAAGCGAAUGUGUGGAUAGCACAGAUAACUCCUCAAAGCCUCCCACUGAAGUUGCAUUUCAGAUGGCUCGUCAGAGAUUAGAAAGUACAGAGAAAAAGAAGAUCUCUGGAAAAGUUACAAAGUCCCUUUCUGCAAGUGCUUUGUCCCUCAUGAUCCCAGGAGAUGUGUUUGGUGUUUCUCCUUUGGGAAGUCCAAUGUCUCCUCAUUCGCUAUCAUCUGAUCCUUCGUCCUCUCGAGAUUCCUCUCCUAGUCGUGAUUCUUCAGUUGCUACUGCAAGUCCUCAUCAGCCAAUUGUAAUUCACAGUUCAGGAAAAAAAUACGGCUUCACCAUCCGAGCAAUCAGGGUUUAUGUGGGAGACAGUGAUAUUUACACUGUGCACCAUAUUGUUUGGAAUGUGGAAGAAGGAGGCGCAGCAUAUCAAGCUGGUUUGAAAGCUGGGGACCUAAUUACUCAUAUCAAUGGAGAGCCAGUGCAUGGUCUUGUUCAUACGGAAGUCAUUGAGUUGUUGUUAAAGAGUGGCAACAAAGUGUUGAUUAUGACAACACCUUUUGAAAACACUUCCAUCAAGACAGGACCUGCCAGGAGAAACAGCUGCAGGAGCCGAAUGGUCAGGCGCAGUAAGAAAACCAAGAAGAAAGAGAGUUUAGAGAGGAGGAGGUCUCUCUUUAAAAAGUUGGCCAAGCAGCCCUCUCCUCUUCUUCACACCAGCAGAAGUUUCUCCUGCCUGAACCGAUCACUUUCAUCAGGAGAGAGCUUACCUGGAUCUCCAACUCACAGCUUGUCUCCAAGGUCACCUACCCCAAGCUACCGUUCCACUCCUGAUUUUCCAUCUGGUACUAAUUCUUCCCAGAGUAGCUCCCCUAGUUCAAGUGCUCCCAAUUCUCCAGCUGGGUCAGGACACAUAAGACCCAGCACUCUUCAUGGCUUGGCCCCAAAGCUUAGCGGGCAAAGAUACAGAUCUGGAAGACGCAAAUCAGCUGGCAGCAUUCCUCUAUCUCCUCUGGCAAGAACACCUUCCCCAACACCACAGCCCACAUCACCUCAGAGAUCUCCAUCACCAUUGCUAGGGCAUUCAAUUGGGAAUACAAAAAUAGCUCAGUCUUUUCCUAGCAAGAUGCACUCCCCUCCAACUAUUGUAAGACAUAUUGUUAGGCCAAAAAGUGCAGAACCACCACGAUCUCCUCUCUUAAAGAGAGUCCAGUCAGAAGAGAAACUUGCACCCUCUUAUGCUAGUGAUAAGAAACACUUGUGUUCACGAAAACAUAGUCUUGAAGUGACUCAGGAAGAAGUGAAUAGAGAAUUGUCCCAGAGGGAAGUAACUCUUCAGAGCUUGGAGGAGAAUGUAUGUGAUGUGCCAUCACUCACACGAGUCAGACCUGCAGAGCAAGGCUGCUUGAAGCGUCCCAUCUCCCGAAAACUAGGUAGGCAAGAAUCCAUUGAUGAAUUAGACAGAGAAAAGCUGAAGGUGAAGAUAGUUAUGAAAAAACAAGAUUUUGCUGAAAAAGUGAAUGCUGCUAUACAUGAACCUAGCACUGAACCAGAAAAUCCCAAUACCAUAAGAUUGGAAGAAAGGGACAAAAAAGCAUUCCAAAAGGUAUUAGAAAGAUCAAAUCCAUUUGAAACAAAAAUUGUUGCUUUAGAGACCCAACCAGCUGGAGGCAUACUCAAAGACACUCUUCAAAAGAAUGCAAACUUGAGAUCAAACGACUGUAGUGCUUUAGAUACACAGAUGCUGUGUCAUGGGUCUCCACUUAAUGAAGUCAGUCAUAUUUCUUAUGAGUUCAAAAGGAUUUCCCCUCCAUGUACACUGCAAGAUAUGCCACCUCAAUCCUCUGACAGGAUGCUAAAUGGAAAGGGAGAAAACACAGAUAAAAAUGUUCCAACAAAAGAAUUUGUCAAAUAUGAAAGAUUAGAUGGUAAACUUGCAAAUAUUGAUUAUCUUAGAAAGAAAAUGUCUUUUGAAGAAAAAGAUGAGAGUGUCUGCCCAGUGCUAAAACCCAAACUGACAUCGAAUGUUCAUGAAAGCCUUCAACUUAAUGCAGUCAGGCCCAUAAGCAUUCAGCAGGAUUCCACUACAGUUGCUGAAGGUAGAGCAUUCAUUAGCAGUGCACAUGCUUCUCAGAUGAGCUCAGUUUCUUUUGUUCCCCUGAAAACAUUGAACAGUCGAACAGAAACAAGUAUGGAAAAAUCAUCUGUGAUUUCUGCUGAGUCACCAGUCAGGAAAAGUCCAUCAGAAUAUAAACUUGACGGGAGGUCUGUUUCCUGUUUGAAGCCAAUAGAAGGCACACUAGACAUUGCUUUGCUUUCUGGACCACAGGCUUCGAAGACUGAGUUACCUUUAUGUGUACUGCCAGAAGGACAGAGCACCAGCAGUGAUAUGGGAUCUCCUAAACCUUCAGUGCCACAGGGGAGUGGUGGAAAGUCAGAACUGGCCUGUCAGAAAGAGCAUCUGUUAAGCCAUUCAAAAUCUAGCAAAGUUAACCUGCCAGAGGCUCAGGUUCUGCAAACAAGCAAAGUUAACCUGCCGGAGGCUCAGGUUCUGCAAACAAGCAAAGUUAACCUGCCAGAGGCUCAGGUUCUGCAAACAAGCAAGAGUUCUCCCAGUCCACCAGUCAUCCCUAUGGCUGCAGAAGUGGUGGCAGAGAAAAAAACUUCUAGUCCAGCUGCUAAAGUCAGCAUUUCUAUUACUGAAGCUGUUCAGAAGAAGGACAACUUUCCUUCAAAGGAAGACAGUUCAGUGGAGGUGAAGUCCUGUGUUACUCAAAGUCAGAGUGUUAAAAGUGCCCUAACAUACUCUAAGCUUUCUACUAACCAAAGCACUCCUGAAAAACCUCUGAACAAAGAGAAGCACGUACAAAAGGAGUUGCCUGGCAGACAGCCAGCAGCCCAGAGAAAUUGUGAGCCUAUCUCUGCAAAGGUGGAGGUGAUCAGGGAGUCAACUUUGAAGGUAUCUGUCUCAGAUAUCCUGACAACAAACUACUCCAAAGGCAGUGAAAAGAAUUCUGCUGAUCUUGCCAUUCCACCUCAAAUGCAAGGGAAUUUGCAGGCAGCUGGUCCAAGGGCACACCCUAAGGAUGGCAGAGAUUCAGUAAAACAGCUAAGCAAGGAAGAUGCUGUUGUUGCUAGCAGUUUUCUGGAAAGGGACAUAACCAAGCAGAAAGUUCUCAGUGAGUCUAAGAAAAUUAUUGUAGAGUCAAAGAGUGAAAAUCUAUCCAAACCCUCAGUAGAAUGUGAUCCUAGAACUGAGAAGACUGCAUUGGUGUCCUCUGUGCAGAAGGAUAAAACCAAAGAUUUGGGAAAGAAAGAUCAGAAACAGGUCCCUGACAUAAGGCUUCCAGCCACUGAGAGAGAGCAGUCCAGCCAAGUUCCUCAGCAGCAACCUAGUGCUCCAGUGUCCCCUGCUGUGAGAGAUGCUGUAAGCAAACGCUGUGCUGUAGAUGUUCACACAGAUAUUCAAGAUCACAUGAAGCCUCCUACCACUGGUGUGGAAAGCAGUACUAAUAAACUCAGGCCCGUCUCUGAUAUGAGUUCCUCUAAGUCUAAGCACUUGGAUAAACAGACAUUUUCACAGAAACCAUGCACUCCAAACACAAAAGAAAAAGAAACAAUUGUUCAGAUGUCUGCGAGCUCCCGGAAGGAUGGUAAACAUGCUGGUAAAAAUGUGCCAGAUUCCUCUUUUUUUGUAUUGGGUUCUUUAAGAAAAAUGAACAGUGAGCAUACUAAAUUUGAAAGGCCUGUGAUUUCAGAGCAUGGACUUGUAUCCACUCUUCAAGUGAGCAGUAUCACUCCUGAUACAAAACCCAAAUCAUCUACUGUUGACUCAGGACCAACAGGCCCUGAGAUUUCUAAGCAAAUGCAAAAGCAAGAGCCAGCAGGCUUUGGGGAUUCUGCUGAUCAAAAGCUGUUUCACUUCAGCGAGAAACAAACUGUUUCUCCAAAGUUUUCCACUGUGAAAGACUGUCUCUUGCUGAACAAACAGGCAGACAGAAGCCUUAAUAAUCAGACAGCCUCUCCAGAUAAAAGACCUGAAGGAAAAAUAUGCACCGAUGCACUUUACGUUCAACAUGACAAUGGGAAAAUGGAGCCUACCCUUUGCCUCACAAACUGUGAUGUUAGAGCAAAAGGAUCAGAAAAAUCAACCUCAACUAGCAAAUGCUCUCCAGAUUCAAAAGGGAAGGGACAGAUCAAUCAAAAACAGCCUGAGAAUGCAAGCAAACAAAUUGCAAUAAAACAUAUGCCAGCUGCCAGUGGGCAGAGUUCUUACCAUGUGGCUUCUGUACCAGGAAAGCCACCGGCUUGUUCAGCCAAUUUCUCUGAAUGUAGACAAGAAGUAUCUGCUUUGUCUUUGGCAAAGAGUGAUGAAUCUUCAGCAAAAAUUAAAGUAGGCUCACUUGAGCUUCCUUCAUUCAACUACAAGGAACAAGUUAAGAAAAGCACCUCUUCCACAGGAAAUUCUAAGACAGAAAUCACUAAAAGUGUGUCAAUGAUAACCUUGCACAGUGCUGCUGUUGUAGAAGCCCACCACUCUGCUUCAAACCUUGGAGGGAAACCUGGAAGUCAAGAAAAGUCUUCUGUUAAUACUGUGGAUGUAAAAGGAAAAGAUGCUGCUCAGGCUCAGCAGUCUGCUUCAAGAAAACAAAAUGUUGGUAAAGAUUUAACUAGGUCAGUAACCACACCUGAUCGUCCAAACGCACUUUCUAAUGAUAAAGACUCAGUCCGGCAGCGUCGAGGGAAAGAAGCUUUACGAAGCAACCCUUACAAAAAAUUCUGUUGACUCUAAUAUGUGGCAAAUAAAAAUUCAACACUAACAGAAACAAAAACAAUAUAUUUUGACUGUCUUGAAACCAGCACUGUGUAGUGUCUUUAUGUGGCAAAGCUUUCAUGUCACUGAAGAGGAUGGGGAUAUAUAGAGAAAGGACUUUUUACAAAAUGCCUUCUCGAUUGUAACCGGUAAAACUGUUACCAUAUAGUAUUUGUACAAAUAUUCAUUUACAGCUGGAAGCUGUAGAAGAAAUAAUUUCCUCUGUAAAUACCUAGCAUUGUGUUUGGGGAUUGAAUGUAGCAUAUAUAUGUUGCUGCUGAUUGCAUUGUUUACUCUCCCCUUUUUAAAAAAUAGUUGCUUUGCCAUUUAUUUGCCAUAAAUAUGAAAGUAAAUUACUAAAAAUGAGACAUGGCACAGACAUGCACAAGCGUUGUCUGACAGGAGGGCAAAAAUCUACUUUACUUACAAAAAAAAGUCCUAGCUAGAGUAAAAAAUGGAAGGAAGAAAUAAGUAUGGUAACUUACCGUGAGUUUUUACAUGUAUUUUUAGUAAUCACAUUUGGAUAGUACUAUCUGGCUACCUGCUUCGCCACACCUAACACAAGAUGAAACUGCAUCUGCCAGUGGCACGAAGCCUGUCUUAUAGAGUGGGGUGUGAUUAAAGCGAAGGGAGGACUGCUUGGCUAUCACAGAGUCUCUGGAAGACUCGUGUUCUCAGUUGGAAUGGUAGUUGUGGUCUUUUCUGAGGGUCGCAGGAUACACUCUGAGCAGAUAAGGAUGAGACUCUGAAGCACAUGCUGUGUCCUUGGUUUCUGCUGCAAUCCUCUCUUUGUUUCCGUGAGCUAGUUUUAAAUUCGGGCCCUUACAGUUUGAGGCACAAGUUACAAGUACAUGACUUCCAGGACUAUUGUGUUCAUCCCUAGUUUUUUUUAAUUAAUUUAGAGAAUACGUUUUAUCAUAGCAUAUAGGUCUGCAUAAUUAGCUGUAGCUUUUUUUUCUAUUUUAUGGCUAUUAAGGUAAAAAGGAAAGAAAAAAAAAAAGCAAUUCCAUUGUCAUAAAAAAUUUUAGGACAUCAGAUACAUUUUAAUGCAUAGCUGGGGCCUUAUGUUGUAGACUUUAACUUGCUUUUUUUUAGCAAGUAAUUCUUGAUCUCAUGUUCAUUUCUAAAUGCAUUGAGUAGCUCCAUACAUUUCAUAACAUAAUCUUUUUAUUUAUAUGCAAAAAAAAGUAAAUGUAAUUAUAAAAGAAACAUUGUGUAACAAAUGAACCUGUUGGAGCUAUUUGGUGCUAGACUGUGACUGUCCUUUUACUUUUGCUAAGCCUUAUUUAAAUUUUGUAUACUGUGGAACAUGUAGAUUUUGAUCAUUUUAGUGUGGAGGUAUUCAGUUUUGAAGGAUGAAAGAUAGAAUUUGAAACAUGUGCAAGAGCACUACAGAAUAUGCUUGUUGAUGCGUGUUUUUAAGUGUUUGGGAUCAACAGUGGGGGUUUGCUUAUUUCUGUUCAUGUAGCUAAACUAGAGCUAGGCCCCUAGCUGUUUCGUUGAGGCUUACAGAUUGUCUUUCUGUCUCAAAAGCUAGAAACUUGUUCUUAAAAGCACAGUAUAAUCUUGACUUAGAGGUUUGUGUGACAACUGACAGUGUGCAGAAUUCAUUUCCUCCUGGGAGACGCUUUAUUACACUAGUUAAGUUGGAUUACAGCAGACUUGCUAUGGAAAGACGAAAUCACAAACUACAGCGUGAUUUUUUUUUAUGAUGCACCAGAAUAUUCGUGCUGCCUUUUAUGCAUUCACAGAGGAGCUGGUUAGCAAUGGGUAGUAAUUUUGAGCAGCUUUGAAGAGAAAAUGGUCUCAACAUUUACAGUUCACCUGUGCUUUGGCAAUUAAUACAAACGAAUGCUAAUGCACUUCGAUAUAACAUUUCUGUCUGGGAGGUAUUUCCUAGUUUACAGUCUUCUGCAUUUUUAAACUAUCCUCUUGUUUCCUUUAAAGCACAUCUAGUUAUUUGUUUACAGUGUAACUUUAUGUAUAUUUUGUAUAGCUCAUUAUAACUUCUGACAAAUAAGUUUGCAUUUUGGAAGUGUAACAGUGCGUAAGCUUGUGUUUAUGUAGUACUGUUUGUUGGUGCUUACCUAUCAGUGAGCUGUUAGAGAUCCUCCUACCUGUGUGCUGCUUGGGUCAGUCUUUUUGUGAUUGUAGUUCUGGUGUGCUCCUUUGUAGACUUCCUGCUGUAGAUUGCUCAGCUUCAAAAAAAGUAAAAAAAAAAAAAAAAAAGAAAAAAGAAAAAGAAAAAAAAGUGAAAGAGAGAGAGAAAACAAAGACUAAAAAAAAAAAAAAGAAAAAAAAAGUUAGGGUCUGUGCAAUAAAGUGUUUGCAGUCUUAUUUUCUCUGAGAAACUCCUUAUGGAUGUCAUAAUUGUUGUACAUUGAACACAAUUAUUUA